AUGACGGCCAAGAUCGAGUAUCUGGCCAUACGCAAAGGCGUGACGUCGGACGAGCUGGACGCUGGGGCGCGCCAACACCUUGGUGCCGUGGUGGACACGCUGGUAGAGUCGGCGACUCCACGCAAGCACGCUAAAGCAGACCCUACCGCGGACAGAAGUGGCCCAAAGGAAGUCGCGCAGACUCCACCGACGCGUGCACUGGCGGCAGUGCCAUCAAUCUCUCCCUGUCUUGCACCUCACACACCUGCCGUGAAAGAUAGCCAAGUUACUGCCGGAGACGCGACACCUGCUGUGGUCACGCAACAACAGCGCGACCAUCUUGCAGUGGCUUUGCGCAACCGCGCUAAGACUCCCGUGCCCGCAGCUCCAGGUAACCCCGGAAGGGUCGCAAGCAGCGGCCGAACGGGAGUUAUGUGGAACGCAGAGACGCAGAGGUACUACGUCCGGAUCAUAUCUGCUCGCCGUCAGCAGGUUCGUCUGGGGUCGUACGAGGACAAAGACGAGGCGUCAUACGCGUAUGCUGCGGGAGCCGUUGUACUUCGCCCGAACUCACGCAUCAGCUGCACGGUUGAGCUGUCCGACGGUGACAGGCAGGCUUUAGCCGGCUGCACAGAGGAGAUCCUAAGGCUACUCGUGAAGUACAGGCACUGGAACAGAUGGAGGGAGUGGAGAGCCGCAAUGGCUGGCCUGGACGACGCGCAGCCGGUCGAGACCCGUUCGCGGCGAAAGGGCAGAGUGUCCCGGGCCAUUAGUGACGUUGAGGAGGUGGAGGCGAUCACGCAGACUACAGAGGACCAGCCUAUGGCUGAAGAGCCAGAGGACCGAACAGAGGACUACACGGAUGACGAUGAGUCCGUUGACGAUGAUGCUGUGUAUGAACCUGGAAACGAUACUUUCGACGAAGAUGAUGGAUGGGAGGAUGUCAACCGUGCACAGGAGACUCGAGAAGUGCCGCUGCAGAUAUGCAGCGCCAACGCUGUUGGGGCCGUCGACGCGGAGGCAGCCUGCACGCCCAUUGUCGCCAACGCACCGCAAGGGGAGGAUACCGAGGCCGUGAAGGAACGCCUGAUAUACGAGUUAAUGGAAGGCGAAGAUGAGGACGACGAGGAAGGAAACGGUGGUGGUCAGUCGUCAAGCAACGAUCCGUGUGGUGAGAACGGAUCAGAGGAGGAGCAGGCCACAAAAGCGCCACAUUCGAGGAAGCGGAUAGAUGCAGCCGAUGGCCAAGUCACACGCGAGGAAUUUGAUGCGUUGCGUGAUUCCCAGAAUGAUACCGCGAAGACACUGGCUCGUCUUGAGUCACACGUACUGACCAUCAUCCGCCUUGGCGAACGGCGUAAGCGCAAGCGGGCGUUCACAAGUGCCGCAGCUUCGCUCGGCCGGGAAGCUUUGAAGCGGAAACGCCAGUCAGAUGAUGACGAAGAAUCCACGUGCGAUGAGGACGACUUGCCGGCGAAAGUGGCACGGCACGCGCGUCACGACAAGUCGCCAGUGCUCCAAACCGCCCUUGACAUCCUUCCAGCGGAGAAGGCUUGGAAGACCAUGGUGCGUGUUCGCUUGUCAUAUGGCCGGAGCGAUUAUGGCCGCAACUCCUGUGCCGUGCCAUAG